AUGGAAGAGUUAAUCGUAGAGCUCCGGCUCUUUCUGGAUCUGCUAGACCACGAGCACCUGACGCCCACCGUCCGGGAGAAGAAGACUGUGAUUGCUAACAUUCUCCUGAGGGUCCAGUCCUCCAAGGGUUUUGAAGGCAAAGAUCAUGCUCAGAAACAGGAGACCACCAACAGCCUGCCGGCCCCUCCUCAGCUGCCCCUGCCGGAUAUCCCUCAGCCCUGGCUGCCCCCAGACAGCGGGCCGCCACCUCUGCCCACCUCCUCGCUCCCAGAAGGCUAUUACGAGGAAGCUGUACCACUGAGUCCCGGGAAGGCUCCGGAAUACAUCACAUCCAAUUAUGAUUCGGAUGCAAUGAGCAGCUCUUACGAGUCCUACGAUGAAGAGGAGGAAGAUGGGAAGGGGAAAGGCGCGUGUCAUCAGUGGCCUUCAGAGGAGGCCUCCAUGGACCUGGUGAAGGACGCCAAGAUCUGCGCUUUCUUGUUGCGGAAGAAGCGCUUUGGACAGUGGACCAAGCUGCUGUGCGUCAUCAAAGACACCAAACUUCUGUGUUACAAGAGCUCCAAGGACCAGCAGCCGCAGAUGGAAGUGCCCCUGCAGGGUUGCAGCAUCGCCUACAUCCCGAAGGACAGCAAGAAAAAGAAGCAUGAACUGAAGGUCAGCCAGCCAGGGACAGACCCCCUGGUCCUUGCUGUCCAGAGCAAGGAGCAGGCUGAACAGUGGCUCAAGGUGAUAAAGGAAGUCUACAGCGGCUGCAGCGGGCCCGUGGACUCAGAAUGCCCACCUCCGUCCAGUUCCCCCGUGCACAAAGCAGAGCUCGAGAAGAAACUGUCUUCAGAGAGGCCCAGCUCCGACGGGGAGGGUGUCGCAGAAAAUGGAACCACCGUGUGCAAUGGGAAAGAGCAAGUUAAGAGGAAGAAGAGCUCCAAAGCAGAGGCCAAGGGCACGGUCUCCAAGGUAACCGGCAAGAGGAUCACCAAGAUCAUCGGGCUGGGGAAGAAGAAGCCGUCCACCGAUGAGCAAACCUCAUCUGCGGAGGAGGACGUCCCCACCUGCGGCUACCUGAAUGUGCUGUCCAACAGCCGCUGGCGGGAGCGCUGGUGUCGGGUCCGAGACAAUAAGCUCAUCCUCCACAAGGACCGAACCGACCUGAAGACCCAUAUCGUGUCCAUCCCUCUGCACGGCUGCGAAGUGAUCCCCGGGCUGGACCCCAAGCACCCCCUCACCUUCCGGCUGCUUCGCAACGGGCAAGAGGUGGCCGUGUUGGAGGCCUCAUCCUCAGAAGACAUGGGCAGGUGGGUUGGGAUCCUGCUUGCAGAGACGGGCUCGUCCACGGACCCGGGGGCGCUGCACUAUGACUACAUAGACGUGGAGGUGUCGGCCAACAUCACCCAGACAGCCAAGCAGACCUUCUGCUUCAUGAGCAGACGCGGGCUCUCCAUCAACCCCUACCUGGGAAGCACCUCGAACGGCUACGCGCACCCCAGCAGUACAGCCCUGCAUUACGAUGACGUCCCCUGCAUCAACGGCUCGUGGGACCCCGAGGACAGCCUUCCUGCUUCCCGAAGCAGAAGCCUGGGAGAAGCCGUGUUCUAUGAUAAUGAGAGCCUGUAUGAUAACUUGCCGUCUCCGAAAAUCUUUGCACGCUGCCCGCCUGCUGAGAGAAGGGCGUCCUCUUCGGACAAACUGUCUUCUAACCACUACCAACAUCCUGCCUCGUCCAGUCUGUCCAGCCCCCCGCCUCUCACUAACACCUCUUCUCGGGGGAGGGCGUCUCUCGGGCUCAACUCUCAGUUCAAGGGUAAAAAGCCUCCAGUGGCAUCUAACGGGGUCACAGGAAAAGGAAAGACCCUGAGCAAUCCACAGAAAAAGGCUGACUCCGCGGCUGUCGUCAAGAGAACACCUUCAAAUGCUGACCAGUACAAAUAUGGCAAGAAUCGGGUGGAGGCAGACGCUAAACGGUUACAGAGCAAAGAGGAGGAAUUGUUGAUGAAGAAGGAGGCCCUCCGGAACCGACUGGCCCAGCUCCGGAAAGAGAGAAGAGACCUUCGAGCGGCCAUGGAAGUGAACGCAGGCAGGAAGACACAGCUGACCCUGGGGGACAAGCUGAAGAAGCUGGAAGAAGACUGCAAACAGAAAGAGGCUGAACGUGUCAACCUGGAGCUGGAACUGAGCGAGGUCAAGCAGAGCCUCAAGAAGGCCCUGGCCGGCGGCAUCACCCUGGGGCUGGCCAUCGAGCCCAAGUCGGGGACGUCCAGCCCACAGUCUCCGCAGUUCCGACACCAGAUGCUGGAGAACUCGCCCAUCUCCAGCUGUGACACCAGCGACACUGAGGGAUCUGCGCCCGUCAACAGCGCCGCCAUUCUGAGGGCGCGCCCGCCUGCCACGGGCAACUCCCCCUGUCGGGGCCACGUGCUGCGCAAAGCCAAGGAAUGGGAGCUGAAGAAUGGGACAUAG